AUGACCACGGGACACCUGGCAACGCCAUGGUACAGGCAGUACAACCACGGCACACCCAGCACCACCAUGGCACACCCAGCACAACCAUGGGACACCGGGCAGAGCCACGGCACGCCUGGCUUUAUCAGCGGGGACACCCGCUGGGGACAGCGCUUCGGCGACGCAGGGACCAUGUACGGCAACAUCGACUCCAGCCAAGCCGGGAAGGAGCAAACGUGGGUGCUGGGACCCAGCGAUGGGAAAGCCUGCAGCGACCUGUGCCCCACAGAGGAGAACCCGUACGAGCCCCUGGACCCCCCCAUUGCCGCACCAAGCCAGAACCACGCGCCCGACCCCCCAGCAUCAGGGUGCUGCUCCAAGGAGAAGCUGGUGCUGGUGGGUGCCGCGGCCCUGGGGGUCUCGGUGCUGAUGAACGUGCUCUUCCUCGCCGUCGGCUCGCGGCACAUUGCAGCCCUGACGGCGGCGCUGGAGGCGGAGAAGGUGAAGGAGCUGCCGGACGUGGGUGCGUGUCCACGCCGCGUGUCCCUCCCCUCCCUCUCCACGGUGACACCCACAGACGUGUCCCCAAUCUCCGCGUGUCCCCCCCCGCCCCGGUUCACCGGGAACCUCUCCGCAGCCUCCCGGUCCUUCCUGCUGUACAACGAACACCACGGCAAAUGCGUGGAGGUCAGCGGGAAACAGCUGACGGCGACGGCGUGCCGGCCCGAAGCCGCGGCACAACGGUUCCAGUGGUUACCCGGGAGUCGGCUACGGGGCUGGGAGAGCCAGCACUGCGUUACGGCAACCCGCGGGCAAAACCUGGCCCUCGUCAGGCUGGAGCCGUGCCGGGACAACGGCACGCUGCAGCGCUGGGAGUGCCGCGACGGUGGGCUGUUGGCGCUCGCCGGCUACGAUCUCUACUUUAAUUACGGCAACAACUAUCAGCAGACGGUGAUGCUCUACACCGGAGACCGCCAGUGGAGCCGCUGGGUCAUCCACGGGAGCAAGGAUGACGUCUGUUCCCGCUCCUGCUGUCCCGUUUGCUCCAAAGGCUGGACCUAUUUUAGGAACUCCUGCUAUUUCUACUCCAAGACAGCGAGUUCCUGGGAGAACGCCCAGCGUUUCUGCUCCAUCCUGGGCUCGCAGCUCCUGGAGGUGGACGGCCCCGAGGAGAAGAAUCACAUCCAGACCAUGCUCCAAAGCUCCUCCUGGCUCGGCAUCAGGGAUGUGGAAGUCGAGGGCACCUGGAAGCGGGCGAACGGGACUAUCGUGACCCGGGAAAGCAGCUCGUGGCACAGGAACGAGCCCAACGGUGGGGACCAGGAGAACUGCGCGGUGGUGAGGGAGGACGGCGAGUGGUACGACUACCCCUGCAAGAGUCAGCUCCCCUGGGUGUGCGAGCGACACCCCUGA